GGGCAGUAUCAGGGAAACAUAUCCUGCUCUUCUUGCUUAAUGAAACUCUUAAAACUCUAUGUAACAACCUAAUUGGGGUGAUCAAAGUUAAAAAGGAAUCCUUUAAGAUGGCCAAGAAGUUUGGUGUUCUGUAGAAAGCAACAGCAAGUUGUUCCUGGGUCAAACUACAGUGUUUGACCACAUGAUUAAUGCUGGUGAGGAAAGUGUGUGGAUGACCAAAGUAUUGGAAGUUAACUGACUGUCAAAACAUGCAGUAAUCCAGCCCUGAUUUCUGUGUCAAUCAGUGUUGUAGCUGCUGAGCAUUUGCCAUAGCAGGUGGUGGGUGUUGGUUUGGGAUUUCAGACACUGAAAUGCUUUCUGUUUCAGUACCUUUCUUCCUAUUUUUUUUUCCCUAUAGGAACUUAAAUUGCCUGUGUACAAGGCUCGUUCACCACAGAUUGGGAUGCGCCGAUGCCUUGUUGAUAUCUUGAUUCUGCUCAGCAACCAUUGCAAGCUCUGCCCCACAGCCCGGCAUCUUGCUAUCUAUCUACUGGACCUCUUCAUGGAUCGCUAUGAUGUGACUGCCAAGCAACUGUACAUAAUUUCAUUUGGCUGUCUUCUCCUAGCAAGUAAAUUUGAAGAUAGAAGACGUAAAGGUCCAAAGUUGGAGCUCUUAAAUAAGCUAGCAUACAUGUGCAAUGUGGAUGUGGUGUUAAGCAAGCAAGAUUUGUUUACAAUAGAAGGACUGCUUUUGGAAAACUUUGGCUGGAACCUCUGUAUGCCAACACCAGCACACUACAUUGACUACUACCUCUAUGUAUCUUUUGGAGCGAAUGACCUUCACUAUGGCUGGCCAAUCACCUCACCAAACAAAGUCAGAGAGCUUCUGGAGACAUACGCCUAUUAUUUCCUUGAUUUGUCAGUGCAAGAUCCCACUUUCCUCCAUUUUCGUCCAUCUCUGAUUGCUGCAGCUAGUGUGUGUGCCUCACGUAUCUGUCUGCAGGUUUCUCCUAUCUGGACAAUGCAGCUUGAAUGGCUAACAUGCUAUUCCUUGGAACAUCUUGCCCAGUGCAUUGAGAUGAUGCUCAUGUAUUAUGAGAAUGAUGUCAAUGAAACCAGUAACAUAAACAAGCAAGAAACAAUUCAAUAUCAAGAACAAGAAGCAGUGGGAAAUAUGAGUUACCAAGCUACUACUCAAGUUCUCUUCCAGCAAUCUAGUUACCACCCUUUAACACAGCAUUCAGCUGCAUUUUCCCAGUUCCAGUGGCCAGUACAAGAUCUGUGCUCAGCUUAUCGUGAAUCUUUACAGCAGGCCCACAGGCCCAGUGGUCCACCUGCUGGAAGCACUGACAGCUCCCUGCGCUCCGACACAGCUCCUCAGGACAGCCUUCAGCCAUCUGCCCAGGCUCUGCCCAUCCGGGCACCCUUUGCCACGCAGGUGGCAUUUGGAACAGAGAGCAGACCCUGCGUUUCCAGGGUUUGUGGCAGUAGUUACUUCAGUGAUUUUACUGGUAAAUACUGA